UUCACCAAACGGCCACACUGCUGGUUGCUAAUCGAUUUAUUUUCUAACAACGGCAAAAACACGCAAAAAAAAAAAACUAUAUCCGCUAAGUUGAGGCCGAUCAGCCAGCAACUCGGCCAUAACCGUAGCUUAAGCUUAGCAGAUCGGCAGAUCGAUAAUCACCACGUAGCUCUACCUCUUCCCCAAGGAAAGUGCAACAACACCAGCAGCGGCAGGCGGUUAAAGGAGGCAAACAACAACAUAAACGCAAGCUCGCCACGUCAGUGGGAGUGAGCGAGACAGAGAGAGUGAGAGUGAGAGAGAGCGAAGCAGCAGCAAGGCCCAAGGACCCCCAAAAAGGACAAAAAGGAGAACAGGAAACAUGUUUAGCAACUUUAAGGAACGUUUUAUUUCGGCCAUUGCACCGGACUUGCCACCGCUGCCGGGCAUCAGCAGCUUCGAGCGGGAGCGUAGCGGCGGGCAUCACCAUCACAGCGGCCACCAGCGGAUGCGAUUUGGUGGUGGUGGCGGUGGGGGAGGUGGUGGCGGAGGAGGUGGACCCAUGCCGGACAAGUUCCCCUACGCACGACCACCAUUCCUGCAACUCCUAACGCCCGACGAGCUGCGCGCCUCGGCCGAUCACAACGUUCGACCGAUUAUAGUGCCGCGGGACAUUAACCUGCUGCCGUGGGGCACUGGCUAUGCCGAGUGCGUCAAUUCGGGCAAAUCGGAGUGGAACGAGGAUCAGGGAGCCUUCUGCCGGCAAGUCCUCUCCGAUCCGGAGCACAAGCACCCGGAUCUACCCUACACAUACUUUGGCAUCUUCGAUGGCCAUGCCGGCUACGGUGCCGCCCUGGCUGCCUCCCAUCAGUUCCAUCACAUCCUGCACGAGAAGCUAGUGGAUUGCCUGGAGCUCCUCCUGCCGCGCGACACCUCUUCAGAGGGCAAUGCCUCUGCUGGUGGCGAUGGCACCAAGCUAAAUCCCACAUUCCCGCAUCCCAUCUACUUCCAGCGGCGGGUAUCCAAGGAUGAACUAAUCAUUGGUGCCCUGGAGAGCGCCUUCUUCAACAUGGACUCGCUGAUAGCGCAGGACAGUGAUCGGUAUCGAGAUGCUGGUGGCUGCACUGCCUGCGUUUCCCUCUUCAUUGAUGGCAAAAUGUAUGUGGCAAAUGCUGGGGAUUCUCGGGCGGUUCUCUGCCAGCGAAGGCAUCAAAAGGAAGCAAAACCUGCAUCAUCAUCGACAGACUCUAGCAUUGAGACGGAUCCCCUGGAGGCUAGCUGCUAUCCAGUGCCCUUUUCGGCGGAUCACACACCGGAAACGGAGAGGGAACGCCUGCUGAAUGUGGCCAGACUAAAGCCCCACCUGAUGGGUAACUAUUAUGUGGCCAUGGAGUAUGCCAAGCGACCGCAUAUCAAGGAUAUGGGUCAAAGGAUUCUAUGCCGCCAAGGCACCAUGCGUGGCUGGACAUACAAGACGCUCACCCGGGAUGAUCUCUGCAUGCCGGUGGUGAAUGGCGAGGGCAAAAGGAGUCGCCUGCUUGGCACUCUGGGAGUGACUCGUGGCUUUGGUGAUCAUGAAUUGCUGGCCAUUAAUACGGGCAUUCAGAUUAAACCCUUCCUUACGCCCCAUCCCGAUGUCCGGCAACGUGAUCUCACCCAGGUGGUAAGCAUUCCCGACGAGGAUAAUCGUGAUGGUGAUUAUGGUGUCCUGGUGAUGGCCACCGAUGGGCUGUGGGAUGUCUCGGAGAAUGAGUCGGUGGCCAGGACCGUCUUCCAGACGCUCUCCAAAUAUCCCACGGAGAAGCAUCGCUAUACAAUGGUGGCCCAGGAGCUGGUGGCCCGGGCUAGGGGUAAAAUCAAUGAUUCGGGUCACUGGCGGCUGGCGGAUAGCAAGGCGGCGGCCACCGUUGAUGACAUCUCGGUGAUUGUCAUACCCGUUGGCCAGUAUUACAAGGAGCAUGUGGAGUGGACGCAGAAUUAUAAGCGAGAUCUGGAGCAUAGACGGCGGCAGGCACAGGCCAAUAUGGCCCAGGAGGCGGUCAAUGUGCUGAAUGGCGUCAUUGCCGAGGAGGCGCACGUGGUCGAGGAGGAGGCGGUGGUGCACGACGAGGAGGAGGAGGAAGGCGAGGUGGUUGUCCACGAGGCCAGGAGCUCACAGAAGCCGGAGGAGAGGUUGGGGGAAGAGACUCCGGUGGAGGAACUAACGCCCGCCCUGGAGCAGGUGCAGUUGGAGGAUACAGAAGCUGCCGCAGGCCAGGAAAAGGAGGAGGAUAAGGACAAGGAGACCGCUACGACGACGACGACGACGAGGCAACAGCAAAAGGGUCGCAAGGGCAAGGGCAAGCACUAGGACUGAAUGUCCUUCCGUAAAUAGACAUAUUUAGAGAGAGAAAUAUAUAUACUUAUAUAUAUAUUUUGAGCAUUUCGAGUAGGUCUGUCUUUCCCCCAUAAAUAUACCUAAAACACAUAUGUAUAUUUGUCUGGAAAAGCAGAGUCACAGCCCUACUCGAAACCGAUUAUUUCAAGUUACAAAUUACAGAUUCCGAAAUCAUCUCUAUUUUUUUAAACAACAAACUCAAAAACUGUAGAAAAAACCAAUUCAAAACAUUCAAGUUUCCACACAGUUUGCUUGCUUACAAACCGAAACAAAAGCAGAGAACACGAAAGCAUUGUACAAUAAGUGUAUUUAUUUCUAUAUAUAUUUUUUUUCUUUUAAUCCAAAUCAAAUCACAAACGAAAUGAUAAGAAGGAAUGAACAAAGCUUCGGUUUAUCCAGGCAACAAGUUUCAAUUAACACAAAUCAAAAGAAAACUUAUGAUUCCAAUUGAUAGAAACGCAAAAACAAAACAAAAAACAAAAAAACUGAAAUAAAUAAUUAUUUUUAAGCUGCAAAAUAACAAAACGAUGAAACGAUAAACGUUAAAUAAAAACAACAAUUAUUGUUAACUAGAAAAACUCAA